UAACUGAGCAGUCGCCUUAAAAUGAGGCUUACCUUAUACCUCGUACUUCUCAGUUCGAUUGGCACUCGGAGUGCUUUCUUGAGCGACAUACUGAGGUCACUCAGGAAGGAGCUACACUACACAACAAUGCUCGUCGUGGGGGAUUCCACUGCGUGCUGGAACCUGGAGCCCUACGAAAACGAUGUUCCCAUCCUAAGCUGGAGGGGAAUGCCCAGCGCGUAUCUGAAAGAUACUUUCAACUCUGAGAUGCUAGCACUGGCGUGCUUGCAGAACAGCAGCGAAGAUGCACUGAAGUCGCUGUACAGCAGUCUUGAGGGCAUCCGAGAUACUCCCACCCUACUCUUCGCAUCCUCGGAGGAGCAGAUACCGGAUCUAUUCCUGGGGUGUUUCAGGGAAAACAUGCUGAAUGUGCUGGCACUCGUGGGUUCCAGCACAGAGUUCAUCUACAGCUACCAGCCAUUCCCGGCAUUCCGCGUUGUAAAACGAAAGUUGGAGGAAGUUCAUCGGUACUUCGUUCCACAGCUGGAGGAUCUUGGGGGGCAUACAGUAACUGCAGUACCUGGCAACGUGAUUCCACGCACAAUGUCGUACCGGAAUGCCGAGGGAGAGCGCCAGUUGGCCGGAUACGUGCACACCUUCAUACGCAACUAUGUGGACACCAUUAAUGGGACUCUGAAGAUCUCCUGGGACCUCGUGCCCGAGAAUGGUAUGAGGCACUUCACGGUGUCCCGGCUCUCAAAGAUGCAGCACGUGGACAUUCCGAUGGGCAUCAUGGCGCUCUACAACGAGACAGGCAGCCAGGAAGUGCCCAUGGAGAUCUCCAGCUGGUUCCUCAUGUUGCCCAUGGAGUCCCCCGUUCCGCGAGCCGAACUCUUCGUCAAACUGGGCCUGGAGCGGCUGCUAGCCAUCAUGAUAGUUGUGGGUCUGGUGCUCGGCAAUGCCCAUCGGCUCGAGCUGGGAUUGAGGCCCACCUGGCGCUGCUACUACCUGGCGGAUAAGAUGCUGCGAGGGGCCUUGGCACAGCCAAUUGUCCUUCCGAGGAGGCUCUCCCCCAAACUGAUGUUCAUCUAUUCGCUGCUCCUGAUAAGUGGGUUCUUCUUGAGCAACUACUACCUGGCCUAUCUGACUAUGGGGCUCGUGCAUCCGCCGGCGGUUGAUCGCAUCCUAGAUUGGGAUCAGUUCCGCUGCCUGCAGCUGAAAGUCCUGGUCGUCCGCGAAGAGUUCGACUACAUGUCCUUGCUAUUGGGCGCGGACUUUAUGAAGGCCUACGGCGACAUAUUUCAGUUCUCGAACGAGACGGACUUCCAGAGGAGGCGCCUUUCCAUGGAUCCCUCCUAUGCCUACCCUGUGAGCAACACCUUGUGGCCGUUCCUGGAGCUCUCCCAGGUGAGACUUUGGCGACCCCUGUUCCGACGAUCCUACGACAUGGUGCUCCAGCCGUUUCAAAUUAUGACUAUGCCUCUGCCACGGAACUCCAUGUUCCGCAAGUCCCUGGUUCGAUAUGCUGCUCUCACCCGCGAAACCGGACUGUAUCCCUUCUGGUUCCGGCGCAGCUUCGACGAAUUGGUGGCUCUCCGGAAGAUCUCGUACAAGGAGGAUGCGGGUAACCCGUACUGCGAUCUCAAGUGGACCGACUUUCAGUUCGUGUGGCUGGGCUUCCUGGGCGGCUGCGGCUUUAGCACCCUGGUGCUCCUCCUGGAGGUGGCUCACUACAAGUGGCAUUCGAGGAACGCCGCACUCUGAAUGGAUUACCAAUAGUGCUAGCUGUGGAGCUACCUUGCUCCAAGUGGGGUCCAAGUACUAAGUAGAGUGUGUAAUUAAAAACUCGCCAGGUCGCAAUUUCAAACACUUUUUGCAAAAGCAUUUUUAUUCAAGUUUCACAUGUCUCUGCUCACUGCAUCUUGAUUUUCAUCGUUAAAUGUUUUCCGUUUCUUGUUCAUUUUCAUUUUACUUGUUUUCAUUUUCAUUUUCAUGUUCGAUUGUUUUUAGGUUUGUUAAUAAGUAGGUAUUCGUAAUAUGUUAUAAUUAGGAUUCGCUUCAAUGGAAUUACAUAUAUAAUGCAUAUAUUAUACGCCAUCUGUGUCGCAAUCAUCUGUGCUCCUCGUGGUUCGCUAGUCAUUAAAAUGGGACUUUCCCAGCAAAGUUCCAAGCAAAAGGUCAAAUAAACUGGGUUCUCGUGAGGAGAAUGCAGUUCAAAUGCAGUUCGAAUGCAGUUUGAAUGCAGUUUGAAUGCAGUUCGAAUGCAGGUGUCGUGUGUCUCGUUAGCAAAGGUGCACAAUUGAGUAAACUUGGUGUGGAGUGUGGAGUGUGUGUGGUUCGAUGGUGUGUUAUCAAUUAAUUUUGCAGGACUGAAUUAACAUUUGUUGUACUCUAAAAAUUUAGCACUAUAAAAGGGUUGUCCUUUGGGUUUUGUUUUCUUUUCUUUUGUUUUGUUUCGUUUCGUUUCUAGUUUUAUUUUGUUUUGUUUUUAGGUAAAUUCUGCAAAAGCAAUUACCAAAGAUGACGUCUCGA